GGACUCGUAUUUCACAUGCUAUGAUGAAUACUUACGUGGCGUACGGGAGGCAAAAGAUGAAUAAUUGUCUUUCACUGGUUCUCGAGAAGUAUGACCAGUAACAUGUUUCUGCUGUGUUCAGCAUCACCUAUUCCUGAAGGACCUCCGCGUAAGGAUCCCGAGCAACGCUUUAGACGGCUUGGAAAUAAGGACUCUGGUGGCUGUUACAUUUACAGGGAAAAAAACAGCUGGUGGAAAGAAGUGCCAAGAAUUCGAGUGAGGGACAAGCAGGAGCGCAUCAACAAUCUCUGGGGCGAGCUAGCAGCUCUCAACGAGAGGCUUGCUGGAGGAGAUGCGAUCACAGCUCGCAAAAGGAUAGAUUACCUCAGGGUGCGCAAAGAGCAUUGGGCACGCAUCAUCUCAGCAGCUACUCAGUAUGACACAGCAAUCACAUUGGCCCUCAUUGAAGAUGCCAACAAAAAGAUUGCAGAGGCCUUGAAGACUGAAAUGCGAGAGCGGGCUCCGGUGCCGGUGUUGAAGAAACAGUUGCUGACCCUGCAAGCUGACCUCUCCUCUGCACACGAACGUCUGCACACCACACAGGAGCGACUUGCGGAGAAUCUGGCACGGAUAAAAGACCUCCAGGCCAACAUUGUCGUGCCAGUCAUGGAUCAGCAGCAGGAUCCUGAUACGCAUCCUGACCACUGACAGGGUUAUAAAGUAUUGCUCCAGAGCUUGAAAGAAUUGCUGCAGCGAUGGAAAACAGGUUUUGCAUGAUGUUGACAUCAGCUUUACUCUAUCUAUGUCAGGUAGUGAAUUGUGGUCCACUUUGAGAUACAUCAGCCAAGGAAGACAAACAUAUUUGUCUUACAACUUUGAGAGCAAGUCCACUUGGUGCCUGGUGAGGAAGCAUUUUUGUAAGGGUCUCAGGCUGUGCUGUAAUUCCCAGGGUCAGGGGACAGUGCUUUCAACUGUGUAAACACCAGCGCUGUGGGGU